UACGAGGGAAAGAGACCAAAUGUUAAACAUUGUUUUGACAAAAAAAGUUGCGGCACAUUUCAGUUGUGUUUUUUUAUCGCAAAAAAAUAUUUUUGCAUUCCAUUGCAAAAAUUUUGUGAAUACAGUUGAAGUAAAAAAGUGAAUCGUUGCAGGAAAAAAGUUAAUAAUUAAUAAAAUAAUUAAAUAAAUAAAAAGAAAACUAUAAAACUUGUUAACCCAGCUAAUUUGUUAUCACAUAAAAAAAGAAAUCUACAACAACACAAACAUGCCAACCGAAGAACAGACUGUUGCCAAAACCUCUGAAGAGACAACUGCACCCACUACCACGGAGACACUCUCCACCGAAGCCAUAGUCGAACAGGAACGAUCCGAAAAGAUUUUAAAAGCUAAAGAACUUUACAGUCAUGGUUCACGUAACUUCCUGGUUAAAUCCUUUGCCGAGGCAGCUGAUGAACUAAGUCAAGUUUGUGCUCUCUAUGAAGAAUUAUAUGGCGAAUUAUCCGAUGAAUUGGGUAUGCCCUAUUUACUCUAUGCCAAAUCUCUUAUAGCUUUGGCUUUAGAUGAAAACAAAGUUAUCGAUGUACCCGAUGAGGAAGAAGAUGACGAUGAGGAAGAUGAAGAAGAUAAUGGUGCUGAAGCUGCAGCCGAAACAACAAAUGGCAAAGCUAAAGAGGCGGCAGCUGCUGCCGGUACAAAUGGCACUAAAUUGGAGAGUAUAAAAGAAGAUGCUGCUGAUACUACGGCAGCAGAAGAGGUAGAUAAAAAGAAAGAGGUAGUAGAGGAAGAGGAAAAGAAGGAAGAUAAACCAGAAAAAAUGGAAGAGGAAUCAGAAGUUACCAGUACUGAAGAUACUAAAACCGAGAAGAAGGAGGAGGGUCCAGAAGAGAAAAAGACCACAAAUGGAGAAGCAAAUGGCUCGGCAGAAAAGGCACAAACCUCGAUUGCCAUUGAUGAUGGUGAAAAACCAUCAACAUCGAAUGGUGAUGCUGGUGGAGAGGAAGAUGAUGAAGAAAAUGAAGCGGCCUCCAAUCUACAAUUAGCUUGGGAAAUUCUUGAAUUGGCUGCCAAAAUCUUCUCCCGCCAGGGCGAACGUGGUCUACCCAAUUUGGCUGAGGUACAAACCGAAUUGGCUAAUAUUGAAUUUGAAAAUAACAUUUUGGAUUCAGCACGUGAUGAUUAUGAAAAAGCCUUAAUUAUUUACAAAGAAUUGCCCAACAACUAUCGCCGCGCUAUGGCCGAAAUACACUAUAAAAUCGGUUUAACAUUUUUAAUGCAACAGCAAAAUAAAGAAGGUGCUGCUUCCUUAAAGGAGGCCUGUAAUCUUAUUGCAGGAGAAAUUGAGGAAAUUAAGAAAUCAACAGAACUCACUGAAAAGGAUAAGAAUAAUAUACAAGAUAUGGAGGAAACAAAACAAGAAAUAGAAGCAAAAAUCACAGAAAUUGAAGAAACACAAGCACAGAAUAUUGCUGAAGUACGUGCUGCUUUAGAUAGUUACAUUAAACCACUCAGCAGUGGUGAUGUAGAUGCUGGCUCUUCAAAAUCUGCAACAGCAGCAGCUGCCGCCGCCUCCUCGUUAACAACAGAUGGUACUAGCUCUAUGUCGUCAUCAUCAGCAUCAUCAGCUGCCAUAAUAUCUUCGUCGAAACCUACCGAUAUUUCACAUUUAAUUAAGCGUAAAAAGCCAGAAGAGCCAACUUCAGAAGCCGAAGCUGCUGUUGCCUGUUCACCGGCCAAACGUCCUGCAGUUUAAAUUAUUUAGUUUUGUGUCUCUGUGUGUGUGUGUGUGUCUGUUUCUGUUUUCUUAUAUAUUUUUUUUUUGUAUUAAUAUUAAUUUUCAUUUGUAUAUUGAGCAAGAGAGAAGUAAAAAACAAUAUGGUAUCUACACAAUAUGCUCAUAAAUUAACUGCAUUCCAGUUGGGUGUGUGUGUAACACCAUGUUAAAAUGGCCCACUA